AUGAUGUCGUCGCCGUUCAAAAAGCAGCCAGAGGCUGUGGCGGAUAGGGUUCUCAAGAGGGCCGAAAUCAGCAAGAUGGCCAGGAGACUGCAGAACCGUCUCGCACUAGCACAGUUCAAGACGAAACAUAAUUUAGUAAACGAGACCCUGGACACGAUCGAGCCCAAGUUCGAGGAUGAAAUCCGGCGCAAGCGAGUACACGAAGGAGACAUUCUAUCCGACUCUUCCUCGAGCGCAUCUGAGCUUCCCUAUCCUACAAGGACCCUCAUGAGCUCGCCCCUCAAAGCCCCUCUCUUCUCGGAUGCAAUUGGAUCCAGCAAUGGCAGUACCGGCCACCGGAAACGUACCUAUCUCGCCUCGUUCGACAACAUCUUCUCGAGCCCCAGUAAGCGGCCACGACAGUCUCCCACGGCGCACAGAUCCUUCACCACCCAUCACCAAUUCACCCAGUCAUCGCCGAUAAAGCCGAGACGACAACAACACUUCACCACUUCGACCGGUCCAGACUUGUCCUUUUACCUGGGGUCACGGCAGGCCAGCGACGUGCUGGCGUCGACAAACUACGCAGCCAACUCGGACGAUGAAGAUGAUCUCCCUACUCACUCAUUCCACACAACCCGCAUCCGCGUAUCGCCGCCCCGCACUCCGCCAAUGCGGAGCCGCAACCUGGCUAAGAAGGCCAGGGACAAAGGGUCGGUCAGUGAGUCCAGGUCUGGCGAGGAGGGAGCAGAUCUGCUUCUGUAUCUGGCGGCAUCCCCGUCGCCCGCGAACCCGCCCAGGAACAGGAUGGACCCUCCGUCCACCCCGCCACCAAAGAACAAGCUUGCGCUACCAUCAUCCAUGAUGACUACUCCCGGCGGUGGGAACCCAUACCCGGCGACUCCUGGCCUCGGCUUCGAUUUUGCCGAAUUCCUUCACAUGACACCUAGUCCAGCGCAAAAGCCUUGGAAGACACCCGUGGCCCUCACAGGAGGCAAGACACCACGCAGCGUUGCAAAGAGACGCCUUACAUUUGACGACUCCCCUUCUUGA